AUUCCUCACUGGGGACAGGAGCUUGGCUCCUCCAGGUCUGAGGCCUGGUCUCUGCAUACUCCGCGGGCCUCCAGUCGAGGACCGCCAACUGCUGCUGACAAAAUCACUCCUGUGUUCUUCGUUGGAUGACAAACUUCACUCUGAACAGCUACCAGUUCUUCCUGACUUCUAGACGUAGCCCUCCCAUGGGUCCUUAGGUUCGGAUCUGAUCCCAACUACUCGUCUAAAUUCCUCCUGCUGUGUUGUCCCACCUUAUUUCAACCUCUUUCCGCAUUCACCUGACAAUUGUAAUGGAGCCUCAGCCAUGGGUCGCCUUCCCCGAGGCACGUGCUGUGGAGAGGCGCGGGCAAGGAGCCUGGACUUGGGCAAGUUUUAAGCACCCCUCAGUAAAAUGGAAUGACCCGUAAUUUGCGAUGACUGGAAAGAUUAAAUGACAUAGUUACCAGGUGACAGGGGUAUUUAUGAAGAACUGGGACUCUCUGGAUGAACAGGGCAUUUGUGCUGCUGACAAGGACUGUGAAGAUGCAUAUAAAGUCUGUCAGAUCUUAGACAUCCCUUUCCACCAGGUGUCCUAUGUGAAGGAGUAUUGGAAUGAUGUAUUCAGUGACUUUUUGAACGAGUAUGAAAAGGGAAGAACCCCCAACCCAGACAUCAGCUGCAAUAAGCAUAUCAAGUUCAGUUGCUUUUAUCAUUAUGCUGUGGACAAUCUUGGAGCAGAUGCUGUUGCCACUGGCCACUAUGCAAGGACCUCACUGGAGGAUGAAGAAGUCUUUGAGCAAAAGCAUAUUAAGAGACCAGAUGGGCUGUUCAGAAAUCGAUUUGAAGUCAGAAACCCCGUAAAACUUCUCCAAGCAGCUGACAGCUUUAAAGACCAGACCUUCUUUCUCAGCCAGGUUUCCCAGGAUGCCCUGAGAAGAACCAUCUUCCCCCUGGGGGAAUUAACAAAAGAUUUUGUAAAGAAAAUAGCUGCGGAGAAUGGACUCCAUCAUGUGCUUCAGAAGAGAGAGAGCAUGGGCAUCUGCUUCAUUGGUAAGAGAAACUUGGAGCAUUUCCUUCUUCAGUAUUUGCAGCCUCAGCCUGGAAAGUUUAUUUCUAUUGAGGAUAAUACAGUUCUGGGAACACAUAAAGGUUGGUUCCUGUACACUUUGGGCCAGAGAGCUAAGAUCAGCGGCUUGAGAGAGCCAUGGUAUGUGGUGGAGAAGGAUAGCACCAAGGGUGACGUGCUUGUGGCUCCCCGGGUAGACCACCCGGCUCUGUACAGGGACCUGCUCAGGACCAACAGAGUACACUGGAUUGCUGAGGAACCACCUGCUGCCUUGGUCAGAGACAAGAUGAUGGAGUGCCAUUUCCGUUUCCGCCACCAGAUGGCACUAGUGCCCUGUGUGCUGACCCUCAAUCAGGAUGGCACUGUGUGGGUGACAGCUGUGAAGGCUGUGAGGGGCCUUGCCCUGGGACAGUUUGCAGUGUUCUACAAGGGUGAGGAGUGCCUCGGCAGUGGGAAAAUCCUGCGCUUAGGGCCAUCUGCCUACACACUCCAGAAGGGCAAGAACAGAACCCGAGUGGCUCCUGAGGUCUCCAGUGACAGCCCAGGCCUGCAGCCCACAUCCUGACGAAGGCCAAGGAGGAGGCGUUAGAGCAGAGUCUGCAGCAGGAUGGUCAGUGAUGGGCUUUGGUGCUUCCAGAAUCAAUGGACAGGCUGGCUGCAGAGCCAGGGCAGCCUGAGGAAGGAGCGUGUGUGCUGCUGCUCCAGGAAAGCAGAGGCAGGUGCUGGGUCUGCCCUGAGGGCCCUGAUGGAGCUACUCUUCCACAGCAUCCAGGAGGCCAGCGGGAACAGCAUCAAAUAAAACUGUCAAAGUCUGA